CACGGUUCGCAUAGGUUAAACUGUAGCAAGGUUUUGAAUUUCUUAGGGUACGCGUCCACAGAGGCGUCCCCUAUAGCACGCGAAGAAGGAAGAAGAAAUGGAAGAAAUGCUGGUGGGCAUUAUAAUUCGUACGCCUGACAGUACGUGUUAAUGUUAACGUAUGAUGAAGCGCAGACAAAGAACCCUGUGGGAUAUUUGGGCUGAUUCCCCUGACGGCAGCAUAACCAUAAGAGUAUCAAGCCCAAAGUUGAAGAAACAACCGCCGAACGAGAAAUGGCGACCAAGACUUUCCACGACCGCUCUCCACGAAACACUAUCAUCCUAUACUCCACAGCACGAGUCGGAGCACACAACAUGCCAUAAAUGGAGAUGUGUAACAAUCUGCGUGGCGGCUCUCGUCACUGUUUGCGUUAUUCUAGGCUCCUUCAUUCUUCUGCACAUCGGCCAUUCAGCCAGAAGAGACGAAUAUUCAAUCUGCCGAACGCGCCCUUGCACACUUUAUGCCACCUUGCUAAACAGAUCCAUCGACAUGGACCAAGACCCUUGCAACAACUUCUACAGCUACGUCUGCAACGGGUGGGACCGCAAAGAACAAGAGUCUGUCUACUGGACCCACUUGAUCGCCUACAGUACCCUACUGGCUGAUAAUCUUUACAUAAGGGUCCAUCCCCACAACCAGAGCGCCGUCGAGAAAGCCAUCAAAUUCUAUCUGUCCUGUCGAAGGGCAAGCGCUGGUAACCCAGGAGAGAUAGAGGAGUUCCGAAAGCUGUGGGAGCACUGUGGAAUUUAUUGGCCGAAAGCGACGGAAAAUGCGAACCUAUUUAAGACGCUGGUUCUCCUCUACGACACCUUCCAACAGGAGAACAUCUUAAAUUUCAGGGCCCCUCGAUUUGAAGACGACUCCUUGUACAUAUUUCUAGGCGAUCAACUCUUAGGUCUGUACCGCAUAAGCGCCCACAUCAAGAAUGCAUCGGGUUACCAGGACUAUUACGAAAGUAUACAGAGAAUACUGAAGCCUCGCGGCACCAAGGAAAGCGAGUUACUGCCGUACAAAGAGUUGGUCGAAAUUGAAAGUGCUAUUCAAAAUGGUUUGCUAUUCACGCAGUAUAACACCACAAGUUUCACCACGAACCUUAGCCAAAUUUCAGAACUUACACCGAACAUAAGAGCAAACCGAUGGCUGGAAGCAUUGACGUUACUUCACCUUCCAGAGAAUACAUCUAUCUCCAUCCAGAAUGAGGGCUACAUAAGAGCGUUCGACAGCAUUUUCAGACUAAUUAGCGAAAAGGAACUUCACCGUUACGUCGGCUGGGUUAACAUCCAACAGAUGGCGCCCUUCAUCAACCGCGAUCUCCUUUUGGCUGCCAGCGGAGUGACGUCACACCCUUCCGAAUUCGCCUUGGGUUCUUGCCUAUACCGCACAGAGGUGUUCAUGGGAUGGGCCAUGUAUGCCAACACGGCCGCGGUCACAUUCACCCCAGUGGCCAUAGAGGACCUCCACAGCUCCAUAAAGAACAUUGCCGAUGCUACCAUGGAACAGGUGAAGCUUCCCUGGCUGCCCCUGAAAAGAGCUCUGAUAAAAUCUGAACUUAAGAAGUGGCGCUUCGACCUCAUGAAGUAUCCUGAUAGAUCACCGACGAGCCUCGAUGCCAUCUUCGCGAACAUGUCCGACAUGGGAGACAGUCUUAUGGAGAACUGGAAUGAAGCAGUAAAAGGAUUAGCUGGUACGAACCAGACGGCCCUGGCUUUGAACCGUGCUCCCUUUGUUCUCCAGGUGAUCAAGAACAGGUAUUUCGACUUGUAUAAUGAAGCAGAAGGAACGUACAGAUUACCACCGACGGCUGCAGUAAUGCCACUGUACGAGUAUGGUAUCAGUGAAGCUGUCAAGUACGGAGGGUUGGGCUUAUUGCUCGCCCAGGGUGCACUCGCAAUUGUGCGAUAUCACGCUAACGUUACUUCGGGCUGUUUCGAAAAGUCUUUGGAAGGCAGCCUUUGGAAGGACAAGAACAUUAGGAAUAGGGCCAUUUCGUUGAGCAUUGCUUGGGUAGCAUUUUCUAGGCGUUCGUCCGGUGAAGUACGACUUCAAUUUCUGCGAACAUUGACGGACAAGCAGAUGUUCUUCGUAGCCACCUGUUACCUUCUCUGUGGUCAACAAGAACGAAAAUACUACGUACGAAUGUGCAAUGAGCCCCUCAAGCAUAAUUCCAAGUUUGCAGAAGCCUUUCAGUGCUCUGACGACAGUCCUAUGAAUCAAGGGAAGAAGUGUGAGCUCCUCACGACGUGAAUAUGUUGACCAUACGAUUUUGCACUGGUGGUGUGAUAGAUUGCGAUGGUGGUAGAGCAUUGCCUUUUCUGAUAGUCUAGAUAUAUGAAGUACCUAAUA